GAGACCACCUGAGACCACUCAACGAGACCAUCUACCUAAUUUUAGAGCGCGGCCUCUAUUCUAUUUCCGGGCAUUAACGGUCGGCGGUUCUGUUUCCGGUUUGGGUGGCAGGGAGGUGGAGUUCGCGUGCUUGUGACCCGGCGGCAUAAUUUUACACAUUUUCGAUUUGCCGAAAAAAAAAAUGAUACGAUUCAUCCUGAUCCAAAACCGCGCCGGGAAGACCAGGCUCGCCAAAUGGUACAUGAACUUUGACGACGACGAGAAACAGAAGUUGAUCGAGGAGGUCCAUGCAGUGGUGACUGUCCGGGACGCCAAGCACACCAAUUUCGUCGAGUUCCGCAACUUCAAGAUAGUGUACCGCCGGUACGCCGGCCUGUACUUCUGCAUCUGCGUGGACGUUCACGAUAACAACUUGGCGUACCUGGAGGCCAUCCACAAUUUUGUGGAAGUGCUCAACGAGUACUUCCACAAUGUUUGUGAGCUGGACCUCGUCUUCAACUUCUACAAGGUAUACAGCGUUGUCGACGAAAUGUUCCUGGCAGGCGAGAUUCGGGAGACGAGCCAGACAAAGGUGCUCAAGCAGCUCCUCGUGUACAACUCCCUGGAGUGAGACUUCCACCGCCGGCAUCCCAAACAAUCCCAAACGGCAUUCCCACCUCUUUACAUUGCCCCGGCGGCCGAACAGUUGACGGCGGCCAACACCUCCUCCCCUCGCUCCUUCCCUCCCGAUGGUCACGAGGACGCUUGUUCUCGCGCCAACGUCGCCGAUUCUUGCAGCAUAAAGCAGAGCCCCAAAUACUCGGUGGUACGAGCCCCUCCUCCCACUACCUCUCACUCGUCACCCAGCCCCGGUGUUCCUGAGCGCUACUGAUUUUAGUCGCACGGCCGAGACUAACUCAGACCAGAAAUGAAAGCGCGCGCUUCCCGCCCUAGAUUGCGGCAAUCGUUACGCGGGAAAACCAAGCGGGGAAGGAGGGCAGCCGGUUUGUUUUAUUGGGACAAUGCACGUUUCGUUUUGAGUGGAGAGAAAUCGGUAUGAGAACACGCCUGCCGUCGUUCGGAGAGCGUCUUGUUGCGAGGCGUCGUCAAAUCGAUGUUUCCGCGAGCAGACCGCCUUGCAUGCCGACCUGUCCUUCCGACGCUGGGCCGUCGCACCGUUUGGUUUAACUCACUGUGGUAUGUGGAGCGAAUCGUCCUCGGGCUUGUGUAUAUAACUGUCUGGGUCCUUGCGUAACGCGGCGAACAGAAGGGAACAAGUCACAUGCUGAUGUCCGUAUUUCUUUUUUUUUUUUUUUGCUAAAAGCAACAGAGUAUUAUGUGAAGAAGCAUAGCCUCAUGUAACCGUGUUAGCUGUACAUAAAAUGUGUCUGUGCCCUUCCAA